CAGCCUGCAUGUACACAGAAAUCGCCCCUUGUGCGAUACACACAAUCUCGUGAUCGAUGGUAUUUCAUAGACUCGCGCCAUCCUUUUCUUUUCGACUCGAUGGAUUUUUACAAAAGUAGAGCAGUUGAAGACUGGACUUGCAAAAACCUUGUAGAGUUUUAUCGUAUUACUUCAGGACAGAAAGACCGGAAAAAAUUGCUGGAUAGCAUAAACAAAGAUCUUAAAAAAGUCAAAGAAGCAAGCUCUGAAUUUGACCCGACGCGUAAGAGAAAAGCCCAAAGAAUCAUUGACAACUGGAAAGAUUGGACUAUGAUGGGCGAUGAUACAGGUUUCAAGUUCGAGUUUCAUCAGGUUCAACAACAAGUGCUUGCGACUGGUCAUACUGUGUCUAUUGAUAAUAUCGAUAAUCGUCGUCUAACUGGAAAACAUCACCGAGAUGAUGGAGAAGAAAUAGCGGAUGAAGCAGAUGUAACCCCGCCGAAGAAGACGAAAAAAGCAAAAACUAGUGAUAAUUGGAAAGACAAUGAUGCCGCAGCAAUUGAUGCAGAAGAAAUUUCCGAUUCAGACGACGCUGAUGCUGAACCGAAUAAUACAGAAAUUGAGAAUCUCAAUCAAGAAGUAAAUAAUUUGAAUGACACUGAGGUGUCCAUUCGAAAUAUUUUACUUGAUGUUCUCAACCAACGUAAAUCUAGGGAUUUAGAAUCGGAAAAAACUUUCAUGAAUUCAACAUUCCUUAACGGUAUAAUUGAUUUAACAGAUCCAGAUAUGAGGCGACAAAUAAAAUCGACAUUGCAUGAAGAACAACAAUCAUGGUUAGAUCAGUCCUUCGUUAAAGGACGGUUUGAUCCCUUUUUUGACGAAGGGCAUGAUAUCGCACAAGAUAUAAUGAAACAUUUCUCAUUACGUUUGGAAGCCCCAAGCAAUAUAGAGUCAAAAGCAUUGGAUCUGGAAAGGACAUUUGCCAUUGAUACAAUUGUAUACAUUGUUAAUAGGCUCUUCAAAAUGCAUCAAGAUGAAGUGGAUUUAGUUUGGAUCGAAAUUCUCACUCCCAAUACAAGUAAAUGCAAGAUCGAUGGAGUCAUGAAGGCUCUUCUGACGAAGCAAACUCAUCAAACACUGGUGUUAUUUGAGUUUUCCUUUGGUAGAAAGGCCCCUAUGUCCAAAGAUUAUGAAGAUAGA